CGCUCCGUCUCCUGCUGGGUACCAAGAUGAGUCUGUGUUCCUGUUUCAGGUGCAAGCCCUCUCUCAUCGCCUCGAGUGCCCACUUUGAGGCCUUCUGUAUGAGGGACACGCCAGUCUGCCAUGGAGCCUAGCCCUGCCCUGGCCUGGCUCCUGCUGCUGAGCCUGCUGGCCGACUGUCUAAAAGCUGCGCAAUCCCGAGACUUCACAGUGAAAGACAUAAUCUACCUCCACCCUUCAACCACUCCAUAUCCUGGUGGAUUUAAAUGCUUCACCUGUGAGAAGGCAGCAGACAAUUAUGAAUGCAACCGCUGGGCCCCUGACAUCUACUGUCCUCGAGACACCAGAUACUGCUACACUCAGCACACCAUGGAAGUCACAGGAAACAGCAUCUCUGUCACCAAGCGCUGUGUCCCACUGGAGGAGUGCUUAUCCACGGGCUGUCGAGACUCGGAGCAUGAAGGCUACAAGAUCUGCACCUCCUGCUGUGAAGGAAAUAUCUGUAAUCUGCCACUCCCUCGCAACGAGACUGAUGCCACAUUUGCCACAACGUCACCUAUAAAUCAGAUCAACGGGCACCCACACUGCAUGUCAGUGAUUGUGUCCUGCUUGUGGGUGUGGCUUGGACUCACCUUAUAGCAGCCCUCUCCACCAAGCAUAGCUCUGUGGGUUUCCCUGUGGCCCGCAGUCAUGCAUGAGUCAUCGCCUGGCAGUAGCGACAGAAUGCAACCACAGCGCCCCGGACAUCAGCACAGCCAGGCAUUCGCAUUGCCAUGAAGAAUAAGCAUUGCUUCAAAGCUGUCAUUUCCAGCCUAACCAAAACUCCAUCUAAGUUAGCCUGUCCCCCAUACAGACCCUGAUUUCUAUACCACAAACCUGCGGUUUUGCUCCGAGAAAGAGUUCUGCAUUUAUGGAUGUCUGGGUUCUUGAUUCCAAAGCCAUGUGUGAGCUACGGGAGAAAUAGCCAUGGAUGCAGGCGAUGUGAGCUUUCUGGAAAAGGAAAGAACCCCUAGCUUAAUUCAAAUCACAGCUUCACCUGUGGUUUUGGAAUUUUAAAACUUUAAAUCCAAAAGUAAAUGGAAUAAUUUCUUUGAGAUUCUGAUGGAGUCCCUAAAAGUCCCUACUUUGCUCAGUUUCAUUUCCCCAGCCUUCUUAUCUUAACGUAGGGAAACACAUUCCUGCUGCUCUUUGAAAAGGACAAGAAAGGCAAUUAUCAAAGUUUGUUGUAUUUGUAGAGUUGACGAGAGAAAGGUUUGUGAAAUGAGUGCCCACAAGAGGAGAUUUACCCCUUCUUAUAACUGGAGAGCUAGGCCUUGCCCUGAGAACUAAUUCUGUUUCCCUAGUUCCUGGAUCACAGCUGGACCAGGAGCAUCUACAAAUUCGUGAAGUGCGGUGGGGUUGUUUUCUCCGCGUGUUGCAUUCCAUUCAGAUAUAGCUAAUCCAGUCAGAGAGAGGAUGUCAGAAUGACAGAAGGUUUUGUGGAGCUGGAGAGAUGGCUCAAAGGUUAAGAGCAUUGACUGCUCUUCCACAGGUUCGGAAUUCAAUUCCCAGCCACCACAUGGUGGCUCACAACCAAC